UAAACGUCCAUUUCUUGGUUGGGUUAUCAUUAAAAUAAUUUUGGUUUUGUCACUAUUUGCAAAUCUACCUCGUGAUCUCUCUAGAUGUAUCUUUGUUUGUUUCAUCUGACCCAAUUAGAAUUUAUAUUGUUUAUCUAGAAGACACUUUUCUCAUAGUCGUAUUCAUAUCACAGCAAAUAGUUAUAUUCCAGCAAUUGGUCUAAUUAUAUAUACGAAAUGGAAAAAAGAGUUGCAAUUGUUGGUGCUGGAAUUAGUGGCUUACUUGCUUGCAAAUACGUUCUACAGAUUGGUUUUCAUCCUGUUGUCUAUGAAGCUGAGGAUGGCGUUGGAGGACUGUGGAGACAUACUAUUCAGACUACCAAACUCCAAAACCCCAAACAAGCUUAUCAGUUUUCAGAUUUUCCAUGGGAUUCUUCGGUAAAAGAAGAUUGUCCAAGUAGUCAACAAGUGCUAGAUUAUCUUAACUCCUAUGCUCAACAUUUUUCAUUAAUUCCUUAUAUCAGAUUCAAUUCCAAAGUCAUCAAUAUAGAUUAUGUUGGAGAGUCGGAUGAAGAAAUGAAGUCAUGGGAAUUAUGGAAUGGUAAUAAUAGUCCUUUUGGCUCUAAAGGAACAUGGCAUAUCACUGUCGAAGAUACUAAGAAUUUCUCAACUGAGGUGUACAAGGCUGAAUUUGUUAUUCUUUGUAUUGGAAAAUAUAGUGGUUUUCCAAACAUUCCUGAGUUCCCCCUUGGAAAAGACCCAAGUGUUUUUAAAGGUAAAGUCAUGCAUUCUAUGGAUUACUCUGCCUUGGACAAUGAGAGUGCAGCUGAAUUGAUAAAAAACAAGAGUGUUACAGUAGUAGGCUCAGGGAAAUCUGCUCUUGAUAUAGCUGUUGAAUGUGCAAAUGCAAAUGGUGUGACCCAUCCUUGCACAAUUAUUCAUAGAACCGCACACUGGUUUAUCCCUGAUUUCAACGUCUGGGGUAUUAGUCUUGGAUACUUCUAUUUCAAUCGUUUCGCAGAGCUUUUAGUUCACAAGCCCGGAGAACAAUUUUUUCUUAGCCUUGUGGCCACUUUACUCUCACCAUUGAGAUGGGGAAUUUCGAAACUUGUUGAAACAUAUCUAAAACGGAAGCUACCACUAAAAGAGUAUGGACUGGUGCCUAAUCAUAGCUUUCUUCAAGAAAUCUCUGCAUGUCAAAUUGGUGUGAUUCCUGAAUCUUUUUUUGACAAAGUAAAAGAAGGAUCCAUUGUGAUAAAGAAAUCACCAAGCUUUAGUUUCUGCGAAGAAGGUUUGAUCAUUAAUGAUGAAGCUAAGCCUCUAGAUACAGAUCUAGUUAUUCUUGCCACGGGAUAUAAAGGUGACCAAAAACUUAGAAGCAUAUUCAAAUCUGAAGUAUUCCAAAAUUACAUUAACAUGUUAACAAGCUCAAUAAUUCCCCUCUACAGGCAAAUAAUUCAUCCUCGAAUCCCACAAUUGGCAGUGGUAGGAUACGCUGAAGGUAUAUCAAAUAUUUGUUCAAAUGAAAUGAGAUCUCAAUGGCUAGCACAUUUUUUAGAUGGAAACAUUGAAUUGCCGAGUAUAAAAGAGAUGGAAAAGGAUGUCAAAGUAUGGGAAGACAACAUGAAGCAGUAUGCUAGAAAAUUUCAUUGGAGAUCAUGCAUUGUUACUUGUAACAUAUGGUAUAACGAUCAAUUGUGCAGCGACAUGAAAUGUAACCCAAGAAGGAAGAAGAGUUAUUUUGCAGAGCUAUUUGAACCAUAUGGGCCCACUGAUUAUGUUGGUCUUGUCCGUAAAUGAGUAUUUCUGUUUUUAAUAAAUACAAUUAAGAGUGCAAAAACAUUAAGUGUUAUGUGUACCAUCUAAUUAAUAUUAAUUGUGUUAUGUGUUAUUUUUAUUAGAA